CUCACCCUCCUUUUCCCGUUUUUCUCCCGGAUUUUUGCAGCCGUGCAGGAGGAGCGGCAGCGGGGCAAGGACAAGGACGGGGACCCGGAAUUUGGGAUGGCUCCCAACGAGGAGAUGCCGGUGGAGAAACUUCUGGAAGCCGAAUUGGCCGUGGAGCCCAAAAGCGACGACGGCGCCGGGCCCGGGGGAGCUUCCCCCAAUGACCCGGUGACCAACAUCUGCCAGGCGGCCGACAAGCAGCUCUUCACCCUCGUCGAGUGGGCCAAGAGGGUCCCCCACUUCUCGGGGCUCCCCUUGGACGACCAGGUCAUCCUGCUCCGGGCAGGCUGGAACGAGCUGCUGAUCGCGUCGUUCUCUCACCGCUCCAUCGCUGUUAAGGACGGGAUCCUUUUGGCCACCGGGCUCCACGUUCACCGCAACAGCGCCCACAGCGCCGGCGUCGGCGCCAUCUUCGACAGGGUCCUGACGGAGCUGGUGUCCAAGAUGAGGGACAUGAGGAUGGACAAGACGGAGCUGUGGGGAUUUUUUGGGCUGGGAAUUUCGGGAUUCGCAGGGUCCUGA